AUGGAGGUUGCAGAUGAGAUUCCUUUUGUCUCCCCUAUUGCCAAAAUAUAUGAUCAGAGCCAGAGGGUUGAAGGGGAAGGUGCAUUGAGUUUAUCGAAUUGUACAUAUAAGACUUUAGCCUUCUGCUCUAAGACAAAAAAGAUGGCUUCUUCACCUUUGAACCAAAAAUCCAAUUUUCAUGCUCGUUCAAACAGUUUGCCUUCUAGGCCUCAUCCACUUGUUGCUCAAAUAAAUGAGCAUCUGUGUAGGCUAAAGUCCAACAAAUCCGCGUCUUCAUCAUCUCUGUCAAUGGCCCGAAAUCUAAGUUGCCUUACAGACCUGUAUAAGUUGGUUGAUAAUUUGCUUCAACUUCCCAUCACACAAAAAUCAUUAGCCCAACGAUGCAAUGAUGAACAGGUUAACAAGUUGUUGAAUGGGUCUCUCAAGCUCUUGGAUGUGUGCGGUGAGGCCAAGGGUGCUUUAUUGCAGGCCAAGGAAGAUACUAAACAACUUCAGUCGAUUUUGAGAAGAAGAAGAGGCGAUGAAGCUGGUUUCACAAAUGAAGCUAAGCAAUAUUUGGCUUCAAGGAAGAAAGCAAAGAAGUUGAUAAACAAGUCUCUGAAAGCUUGUAAAUUUAGCUUUGCUCAGUUAGAAAACGACGGUGAAGCCACUUUUAGCAUGCUGAGAGAGUUAGGAGGAGUAACCUUCACGGUGUUUGAAUCUCUCUUUUCUUAUAUCUGUGGGACAAAGAUGGAAUCAAAAUCUACCAAUUGGUCUUUGGUGUCCAAGUUGAUGAGCUCCAAACAUGUAACAUGCGAGGGAGAAGCAAUGUAUACCAACGAAUUCGAGAAAUUGGAUGCAGUUUUGUGCGCUCUCAUUGGUAACAAGACCAGGAAAUCUGGUAAAAUGAGCAUUGACGAUGCACAACUUGAAUUGCAGAAAUUGGAGUCAAGCAUCCAAGGUCUUGAAGAUGCAGUGGAGUGUUUGCUGAGGCUCUUGAUCAAAACUAGAGUUUCUGUUCUCAACAUCCUUAGCCAUUAG